GAACACUCCGAGACAGGUUCUCGUCGCGCGCCGGCCGCAGUACCGUCCUACGGUUUGUGCAAGAACAACUGUUCUUCCGCUUGUUCCGCAUCUUGCCAUGGUACCCGACUCACUCGCCGUCUCGACAAUUUCCGUCUGAAUUCUUUUUUUUCCCGAUUUUUUCGCGCGAUCGCGCAUCUGACUCGCUUCUCGAGAGAUUCUCUCUCGUUCGUCCUCUCGAUCCAAAAACAUUCACGCGCGAGCGGUGAACGAUUGAUAUAUUCGUCAUAAAUUGUGGGACAAAAAUGAUGUGAUCGCGAGGCACUCGAUCUCGAAACAGACAUGUUUUCCGACGAUCCUCAGAAGAUCCUCGAAAGAUAGACAGGAUGUUUGAUAAGGACGCGAAGGGGUUGAACGCUGGCACUGCACGCGAUAUUACUGGGUGACAUCGUUAAGAAAGGCGCGAUACGGUGAUUGAGGUGAUCGAUACGAGCACAGUCGCGGUAGAAAUAUGUGACGGUCGUGUUCGUGUGCCUCUGAUUUUCUCUGUCGGAGUUUUGAAAUAUUCCUUUGAAAAGGGACGAAUCUCUUCUUACGCGAAGGAUCUUGAAGAUCCGCGACUAAAUACCAUUUGCUCCAAUUUCCGUGUUAAUUUUACAAGAGUUUUCGUGUUAAUUAUCCGAAACUGUACGCGAAUCGAAUAGCUUUUAAUCGUUGUAUCUGUAUCCUUAUCAGUUUUUCUUUUUACCCGCGUUAAUAUUUUCACAAUUAAUGAUUUCAUUAUUAAAGUCGAUGCGCAUGCGUCGCAAGAUCUAAAGAUACUCGCAAAAUUAGAUUUUUUUUUUCGCAUUAAACGUUUGGAAUUUUUUAAUAAUUCAUUCUUAUUUUUACCUGCGAUUACAUUUGUCCCUGCAUUAUAAUUCGUUCAUCGAUUGUCAAUCUGUUAAGCAAUAUCCGCGAUCAAAGGGGGAUUUAUUUUUGAAAUAAUUAUUCAAAGAUUUUAAUUUUUUUAUCAGUUAAUUAUUAAGAUAAUUAUUAUCAUUAUUAAUUUUAUAUUUCCGGAUUGUUGAGUUUUUACAGAUUUUAACACAGCUGUUAUUUUCGCGAUUUAAAACGCACAUUUUAAGUUUAAGACAAGAUCCCAAGUACGGAAAGACUUAUGUGUGACAAUAAAGAAAGUACUAAAGCUUCAGCGAUCACAUAGGUUCGCUUCGCCGUGUUUAGCGAGGACAAUUUCGAGAGUGAAGUAAUUGUUCGGACUUGAAUGCAAUUUGUUUUUCGUUGCGAGGUGAAAAUAUCAGUGAAAAAGAAAUUACGUGACAUGCGUUGUAUUCAACAUGAAAUAUCAACUACGACGAUACAAGUAACAAUAAUAUAAGCGACGACAAUCCAAAUAGUAACAAGCACUACAAACAACGGCUACAAAUUAAGUCGCGAUAUUAAAUAAACGGUAGAUGUUUGAGUGUUAUUCUCCUACGAGAGAGAACGAUAUAAAACUGACACAAUACGGACUUCUGUGUGUUAAUUAUUAACUGUGAAUAAGAGAGAUCCAAUUUUUGCGCAUGUGUGUGUAUGGGGACAUGUGUGAUACGCGAUUAUACGCGACGGAGUACAGUGUUUUGCAAUGAGAUCGGACAAGUCAACGUGGGAUUUAAGCGUCGCUAAUUAUCCUUGGAACUGUCGUAUAAUUGUCGCUAAUUAAUCGGCGCGACCCUUCGCGCUUCUCACCUCCGUGCUGGAUUCUCCAGUGUGAAUUUCACGCUUCCGCCGUCGCGAGCUUACAGGCGAAAAUAAUGAAGUGGCUCUGGAUAAUCGUCUUAGUAGCUCUGGCCCUGCCGGCUGCCGUGCCACGAAAAAUCCACAGAAGCAAGCCCACGCCACGAUUGUAUGGCGACAGUGUCUCCGUCGAUUUAAUAAGGACCAGCAGCAGCAAGGUACGGCAGAAGAUCGUGGACACACACAAUUACUUUCGCACGCAGGUCGAGCCAACUGCCGCCAACAUGCUCGUCAUGAAAUGGCAUUCAGGCUUAGCGAAGGCGGCGCAGAGAUGGGCCGAUCGUUGCCUCGGUUUGGUGCACGACAACGCGACCGGCCUAUACCUGGACGGCUUCGGUCAGAGCGGGCAAAACAUUUUCAUCAGCACCGGUCGUACACUCUGGAACUUCCCCAUCAGAAUGUGGUACAUGGAGUACAAGGACUUCAAGUAUGGGCCGAAUACGACGAACGAGAUCCACGAGAUCGGCCAUUACACGCAGGUGGUGUGGGCGACGACGCAUCUGGUCGGAUGCGGGGUGAGCCACUGCACCGGUGGCAAGGGCCCACUCGGCAAGGACUUCUACAUGUAUGUCUGCAAUUAUGCUCCGAGCGGGAACUAUAGGGGUCGUCUGGGCCUGCCCUACGUGGCCGGUAAGCCAUGCAGCAUGUGCAAGGACCACUGCACGCGGGGCAAGCUCUGCACGAACGCCUGCUACCACGUCGAUCUGUGGUCGAACUGCGCCGAGCUGGUCAGGACGUUGGGCUCGUGGGUGUGCGAGACGGACACCAAGGAGGGCCGGGAACGCCGGAAGUUCUGCGGCGCCACGUGCAACUGCAAGGACAAGAUCUACUAUCAUCACGGGUAGGGGCGUCCACGUUGUACGGGUCCACGUCGCGCACGUUGCAUGAAUAAUUUAUAAUCGCAAAACUAAGCUCACAGACCGUGAUGGUGAUGGUGGUGGUGUGUGCGACGACGGCUAAACGGCGGCGGAUCGUUUGACGGGGAAGGCGGGGAUCAUCGCGUUGCUUUAUUGAUGAGCUCGUUUGUUUAGUGAUGAGACUGAAGGAAACGUUUUGAGCUUUGGUCUCUCCGUCGGGAGCGGACGGGAUAAACGGGAUAAUAUGGAAAUGGAUGGUAGAGGAUGAAGUGAUUGCGGAAUUCGCCGAGUGCGCUCUCCGAAUCUCUGGCAUCUGGAUUUUACCCGGGAGGAGGGAUGAAUCGAACGGAUCGAUAGAUUCUACGCCGCGACGAUUUAACGAUUCCGCCGUACGAUCUCUCGAUUCUACGUAAAUACCAGAGAUUCUGAGAAUAUAAGAUUCUUGCUGUAUACGAUCCGCGAAUUCUAGGGUUUCACGGUCCUCGAGUGCUCGGGAUCCACCAAGGCUUCAUGAAUUACCAGUGAAAAAGUCGGCUCUGUUUAUCUUUUAAGGUUUUCAGCAAAUUCAUCGCAUAACGUUUUAACAUGAAGUAAAAAAUAAGUUUGCAAGCAAUUGCAUAUAUAAUAUUUUUAAUGUGCUAAAAUAUUAUUUUUAAUCUAACAUUUAUUUUGUUUAUGUGUGUGUUUGCUUUACAUUUCGUUCAGUAGAAAAACAGAUUGAGGAAGCUUGAAUAGUUCGAGAAACAGAUCGAUUUUAUAUCACAAUGAGUGCUUCACCUGCUUAACAUCAGAAUGAAAAUGUAAGGAAAUUAUUCGAUCCUCUAUACACAUACGCACACGCCUGUGACAUUACACUCUGAAAGGAAAAUAAAUAAUUUCGUAAUUAAUAUGUUUGCCAUUAGACAAACUUUCAAGGAAUUGAGUUUUGAAAAUUUUUUUAACACUCUUGCGUUCCAUCACCAACGCUUUAACUCUUUAUAAAAAUAAAGAAUUUUUAUUACGUUAUAUGGGCAAGAUAAUUUUUUAAAAAUAACUUUCAAAAAUAUACAUAUAAAUAAUUCCUGCAAAAAAAUCCUUUAUAAUAAUUUUCGUGUCUUCUGCAUUCUUAAAUAAAAAUUACAGCAUCUUGUACUGAUGGAUUCUCAAAUUUCAUGAUGAGAGCUAUUCUUGGUAUUUUAAAAAAUGCAUCAGUUGAUUAGAUAAAUGAUCGAAAAAUUCAUAAAAGCAUUAGGCUAAUUCGAUUUUGCAAAUCUGGUCGUGAAAUAUACAGUUGCAGCAUAUGACAAUUCUUGUAUGAAAAAAAAAAACGAUAUAACUUUGAAAUAUUAUAAGAAUUGUAAAUAAAUCCAUUGGGUUACACAUAUCGAAACUGACAAUUGCUAUAUACGAUAGAUGUAUCUUUAACUUUAGUUAAUUGUUAAGAAAAGCCACACAUGUAAAAAAUUAAGGUAAGCGUCAAAGGAACAGUCGAUGUUUCAUGUCGUGAUGUAACGAUGAAACUGUUUUUCGUUAGUAUAACUAUCAUUAAAAUACACUGUUAUUUUUAUCCUAUAGAUUUAAGAAUAGAGCGUAUAUUCGCACAGCGCGGUAUCGAAUGGGGUUAAAUCGAGGUUGCAACGUUAACUCUUUACCGCUUAAAUUCUAUUACAAUUAAAAAUGUAUUUAAUCGUGUAAUAAAUUUAACAAAUAUAUUUAUUUGUGGAUUGAAUUUUUUUAUAGAGAUAUGUUAAAUAGAUAUAUUUGAUUACAAUUGGAAAUAUAUGCACGACCAAUGUAUGUGUAGCCUUGAGUGUGUUUUAGAGAAACGUAAUUCUUUCUUGUGAGAGAGAAAAAAUUUGUGAGACCACAUAUCGUACGACAAAAAUGUAUUUUUAACGCCGUGACAAAUAUAAUCUAAUGUUUAUUAUAUUCUCUUUCUCUCUCUCUCUCUCUUUUGAAACUGAGAGAUUAAAAAAAAAAUUAAAAUUAUUUAUAAAAGUGCAAAGAAAUUUAAUCGAGCAACCGAAACAAAGGUUCUAAAUAUUAAUGAAAUAUUGCGGAUAUUUACAUAAAUAUAUAAUAAUUUAAUUGAAUCUUGAAGAGGGUAAUCUGCAUCAAACAGUUUGAUGAAGAAUCGUUGUCGUUAUUUUUUUAUAGAAAAUAUAGAGAUAUUUGGUAUAUCGCGGAGUAUAUAUAUAUAUAUUUAUCCUGUAUGUAACAUACACAUAGAAUGCGCGGUAAAGAGUUAAAUAUAAAUGGUAAAUAGUAAGAGAUGUAAUAAAUAAUACAAGUUGAGAAAGAAACAAUAUACGUGUGACGUAUGGCGAGCGUGAUCGAUGAUAAUAUUAGGUACUUAAUUGUCGAUAAUUAAGGAGUUCGUUAAAGGGAUAUAACAGUAAAUGUAAUUAACGAUAACAGCUCCAGAUAAAAUGUUCAAACUGUAAUAUCUUUUGUCCACUUACACAAUAAAUAUCCUGUAAAUAUUA